UCUGUUUCUCCAGGACGUCCCACUGUGCCUCCUCCAGCAUGCAUGCUCUUCAGUUCCUGCUCAGGGCCAGCCCUGUGGUGCUCCUGGUUCUCUGCCUGCAGCUGGGGAUCAGCACAUCUCAGGAAAACACACGGCAAACGAUAAAAAUGGAUUUCAAAGCGCCUUCAAGCACAACUGCAGAUGAGGAAGUCUCUGUGACACUCAAGCUUGGAACAGAUUUGCAAGAAUGUAUGGUGGUUAAAACUUACCUCAUUAGCAACGUGGAAAUUGAAGGCGGAUUCAACUAUCGAUACACCAUCUGCCUCUGUAAUGACAAUGCAAGAACCUUAUUCUGGGACUUCUAUACAAACCAAACUGCAAGCAUAGUAGCAGUGGUGGACAUUGUUCGGGAACUAGGUAUCUGUCCAAAUGAUGACGCAGUGACACCCAUUAAAUCAAACCGGUUCUAUACUAGCAUUCGUAGAGUGGUGGUAUCUUAAUGGAAGCUGACAGGUUCCUGUCACACCUGUGCGGUUCCAAGAACCCGUGACUGAGGUAUCUGUACAAUAAAGUUCUUACAUGCUCUU